AUGCGUCGUUGGCAGCCUGUCCACAACGUUGUUAUCGAAGCUGAUCAUGGUCAAACUCAAUCGUUUCAUGCCGUCGGCAACACUUCGGAAACCGUGUUCAACUGGAGUUAUCAUGUCAAUGAAAAAGUUAGUAUUGUUUUACAAGAGCCGUUGGACAAUGAAGGAGUGGUGAGAGGUGUUCUUGUGCGCAGGAAAGAGCUCCAAGCUGAUAUUUCCUUCUACCAGGUUGAGUAUGCUGUCCAAGUUACUGGCACUGAUUCCAGCCUGGUGAGAGAUCUCAUGUUCGAGAAUGAGUUCGUUGCGUAUAAGGCCGAAUAUCGGGAACCCUUGCGCUUGCGUAUCCUGGCGUCCCGGCGCCACGAGGGCACCUCUUGA